AUGCAAGAACCUCCAGUACGAACGUAUCAAAACGGAAUAUCUCAUCCGAUGACAGAAGUCCAGGAUUCAGUGACCGAAUGGCAACCAGCAGAUAUCUUCUCAGCCACGCCCAAGAAUCAUAAACCUUUCGCCAUCCUCAUCUUGAACCAAGCCCUCCGUCUACCAGCAGCAGUGUACUCCAGACUGUGGGCCAGUUCAAUAUUCAAAGUGGCCGCUGACGGAGGCGCUAACCGUCUUCAUGAUCUUAACACCGAAAAUGGAAUCAAUUUGAGCGUCGAUGCCGUGAUAGGCGACUUGGACUCUCUGCUCUCCGAGACACGGAAGUACUGGGAAUCGAAAGAUGUCCCCGUGAUCCAUGAUCCGGAUCAGUAUUCCACAGAUUUCGGGAAAGCUGUCAAGUACAUACGGUCUUCUCCCUCCAGGGAGACGAUAGAUAUCGUGGUGAUCGGUGGUCUUGGAGGGCGAGUCGAUCAGGGCAUGGCAACGUUGUCUCAUCUAUACACUUUCCAGCCUGAUCCAAGUUAUGGCUCUGGGCGGAUGUAUCUACUCUCCAGCGAAUCUAUCACGUUUGUCCUGAAAAUGGGGACGCAUAAGAUUCAAGCUAAGGAGGGGUUUGAUGGCAUCAAGUUGGGGAUGCAUGUGGGCAUAAUUCCUCUGAAGGAGCCGGCUGUUAUCUCGACGAAGGGCUUGGAAUGGGAUGUGCAGAAUUGGGCAACUGAGGUUGGAGGUCAGAUGAGUACGAGUAACCAUGUGAAAGAAGAUCUGGUCAUUGUAGAAACGUCGAAGGACGUCCUAUUUACAAUUGAUCUGGAUACUCCUGGGAGUGUUUGA